AAGAAAGUCAGCACCGUCCCUCAGUUACCUUUCAAGAUACACAGACGUGUACAGACAGUGUAGACCGGACAAAAUGAUCAUGCGGCUGCUGGCAUGGACUCUGUUGACCGUAUCGCUGUGGACAUUAGGUUCGAGCCAGGUCCUUCAGCAAGAACCAGUCAAGAUUCUUUAUCCCAAGAUCCUCAGUACAGAGUCUAUUGAGUGUGACUGCACUAACAUCACAUGUGACUCUGUCUACUGGUUCCGCAGUAUUCGCAACCACAACAAGCUACAGUUCCUAGGCAAAUGCAACAACGCUGACCGUGCUACCUAUGGGGCUGGUGUGGACAUAAACCGCUUUAAAUUAAGCAAGAAGAGCAGUAUGUCCUUUACGCUACGCAUCACCAAUGUGUCAGAUGAUGACACAGGGAUUUACUCUUGUGUUCUCAAGGACAGGAAAACCACAGAAAUGUGGAAACCUGGGAUUCUUCUUCGGCCGGGAGUGACCCCUCCAACAUUACCUCCUAAGACAAUUCCCAAACCAACAGUCAAGUCAGUGUGCCGCUGCCCUAAGAAGAAUUCUUCUCAAGGCUGCGGCUCCCUGGUUCUGUGGCCAUUGGUUGGACUUGUAGCGGGCCUGGCUCUGGCUCUCAUCUGCACACUGUACUACUUUAGCCGGCUACCCAAAAAAUGUCGGCACCACUUCGUGAAGAAGAGGUAGUUGACCUUACAGUUGUGCAUCUACAGCUUAUAUCUGACUCAAGGUUAAAGUAACAUCCAGUGGAGCAGGAGAUCACAUCUGCAAACAACAUGUCCUGUUCAUUAACAGCGAAAUGUAUGCCAGUCAGAGAAGACUAGCAGAGUAACAACCUUGUGUAACAUAUUGUAAUAUAUUGGCUGUUGUUUUCUUUAAUAACUUACAAUACAGCUCCAGAGUUCAAGCAUGUUCAAUUCUAAACUCUGUGCUAUAACUUUAAAUCUAUUAAAAUGUUGUUAUUUUUGUCAAUAUGCAGACGACAUAAUCCUUUAUCCAGGUGCUUUUUCAAUUAAGCCUGUUUGUGAACCGUUGAAUUGGUUUUAUAAUUAUUAUUAUUCCAACAACAAAAAAUAACUACUUUUUCCUCAAAACCCAAAGCUAAUCUGUUUAUUUACAUACAAAAAACACAUUGACCACAAAACCGCUCAAAUCAAGUACAGUAUUUGCUCAUUUGCUUUCAACUCUCUUCGAUAUCUAUUUGUGUUUUUGUUUUCAAAGAGCACUCUCAAGUUGAUUUUUCUGUAAGGAUAAUUCUGUUUCAUCAAUAAAAUUGUUUAUAUCCAAUCGUUUACAAUGGUGACUCUCUUCUUUUUAUAGAUCAUAAAAGUUUGUAUUAUCUGUUAUCAAACGCAUCUAUGUACAAAUUGUAUCGAUGAGAUUGGCAUGUUCAUACAGAUAAGUACUAAAAGGCAGAGUUACCAACAGAUUAAUGAAGCUUUGAUACUUUGCUCAAGGGAACUUUUGCAACAGCAGGAUCGAUAAAGGUAUAACCUCAAGGCAAAAUGCUGUGUGUGUCUCCAAUGACAGUUAUGACUUGUGCACAGACAACUAAG